ACCACUUUCCUGAAUUGCUAACCUAACAAAAUUGCAGGCGGAUACUUCAAUGGAGAAUCCCAAAAUUAAAUCCGCCAUUUUCAGCAUAUCUUUCCUUCAACCCUCUUCUUCUUCUUCUUCCUCUCUCUACAUUUCUCUCUUUAACUAGAAUUUCUAUUCGUACCUUCAAAAAUCUUUCCCAAUAUCUCCAAUGUCUUCUUGUUCUUCUUCAUCUUCUCCUUUACACUUUCCUCUUCAUAAACCCAUCAACAAACACAACCCCAUUUCACCAAAUUCCGCACUAUUUUCACCACCAAAACAAAGGGGAAAAUUUACCAUUAGAUGUGAAUCACUAGAAUUGAAACCCAAAUCACCGCCCACAAAUGGGCCACCACCGUAUCCGGGUGGAAUGGGUCCGUUUACGGGUCGAGAUCCGGCAGUGAAGAAACCAAGCUGGUUAAGACAAAAAGCCCCACAAGGGGAAAAAUAUGAAGAGGUGAAGGAAACAUUAUCUGGGCUUAAACUUAACACAGUAUGUGAAGAAGCUCAGUGUCCAAAUAUUGGAGAGUGUUGGAAUGGUGGUGGAGAUGGUAUUGCUACAGCUACAAUUAUGUUAUUGGGUGAUACGUGUACACGUGGCUGCAGAUUCUGUGCUGUUAAGACUAGUAGAAAUCCUGCUCCUCCUGAUCCUUUCGAACCUGUUAACACUGCUAAGGCUAUUGCCUCUUGGGGCGUGGAUUACAUUGUCUUAACUAGUGUUGAUCGUGACGAUUUACCUGAUGGAGGGAGUGGCCACUUUGCUGAAACAGUCAAAGCCAUGAAGUUGCUCAAGCCUGAUAUCAUGGUGGAGUGUUUAACAUCUGAUUUCCGUGGUGAUCUAAGUGCUGUUUCUACUCUAGUUCACUCUGGAUUAGAUGUUUUUGCGCACAACAUUGAAACUGUGAAACGACUUCAACGUAUUGUUAGAGAUCCUAGGGCAGGGUAUGAACAAAGUCUAUCUGUGCUUAAACAUGCAAAACUCGAUAAGGAAGGGAUGAUAACAAAAACUUCUAUAAUGUUGGGACUUGGUGAAACUGAUGAUGAGUUGAAGGAAGCCAUGGCUGAUUUAAGGGCCAUAGAUGUUGAUAUUUUGACUCUCGGUCAGUAUUUACAGCCAACCCCAUUACAUCUUACCGUCAAAGAAUAUGUUACCCCUGAAAAGUUUGCUUUUUGGAAGGACUAUGGAGAGUCUAUUGGCUUCCGUUAUGUUGCGAGUGGCCCCGUGGUUCGAUCCUCCUACCGAGCAGGAGAACUAUUUGUUCAGACUAUGGUAAAAGAGAGGACCAGAAAUGCAUAAAGUAUCAUAAUAGUUUGAUGUAUCUUCUUCUCAUACAGACAAUACAGAAGCUGCAAUCAAAAUUCUUUUUGAGUUAUUGAUGAUUAUGACGACCUCUGAACACACAAUACUCUGUAGUCACAGCUUUGCGUUAAAAGGCCAAUUUUGCCUGUGAUUGUUGAACUAUUUUCUUUUUUCAAUUACAUUCAGUUGAUUCUGUAUACAAACUAGAAGGGAAUUUUUUUGUUAAAUCAAUUUUUAUUGCUAGUAGAUGUUUUUAAAGCU